AGUACUAUUUUGGCCAAUUUUAGUGGGAAAUCUGUACCUGAUAAUAUGAUUAUACGUGAUAAUAAGCUAUUAAUUAAAUACACUUCUGGCUAUCAGUGUUUUAGUCGACACUUCAGCAUCUCUUAUAAAUCAAAGUUAAUGGGUAUUGGACCCCCACUGAUAAUAUCGGCCACCAAUGCUAUUGUGAUUACAAACGGCAAUCAAUCCGUUGACAACAUAUCCUAUCAUUCAUACAAUUACUACCCAAUCAUUGAUUGUAAUUACACUUUUAACCUAAUAGAGAGACGAGCCAACAUAAACGCCCCAGCACAUAACAUAGCCUACCUGGCCAAUUAUGGGCUAAUCUAUUGGAUCGAUAGCGUGGCCAACAGCAUAAACAUGAUGGACAUAAACUACCCGCACCUAACCUACACCAUACUCCAGCUAAACACCGGUUUUGCGCGUGAUUUGCGCAUAAACACCAUGAGUGAAGUACUCGUAUGGUGUGAAAUAGGGUUCAACGCCGGGCUAUGGGAGUCCCCAUUGGACGGCACUAAUCGCACAGCGAUUUACGCCAAUCCUAAACACAGACAACCGUUUCAUCUGACUGUUGACUACCGACAGCAACGUUCCCUGUAUUCGGUGGACUUCUUGGGCGGACACGAGAUUUAUUACAUGACUUCGAGACCGUUGUUGUCGUCGGCGGUGCUCGGAAUGAAUGUCUUUGAUAGUGACCUGUAUUUAGCCACAGAUCACGUGAUAUACCGGAUAAGGGAACCGGCAAUGGGUGUGCCAGAAGCUGAACUCCUAUACGUCACCAGUGGCUACGAUAGAAACCUUGAUGAUAAAAAUGGCCACCAGUUUUACAACACUAACCCAACGGAUAUAAAACGUGAUAAGAUAUACGAAUUCCAAGUAAUUGAUCCAAACGGGCGAUUUGUGGCCAAAAACCGAUGCUCCGGUCAUAGUUGUCGACACGUAUGUGUGCCCAGCGGUCAGUCCUAUAGCUGUCUGACACCCGAUGAGCCGAUGCCGCCGAUGAACGACCCGUCAGAGCCUGUGGUCAGUCCGUUGAUAAUGAAUACGUGUAAUAGCGUUGACAUACUGUCCAUCGUUAACACGAUUGUCAUAGCGUUUAUGAUUUUGCUGAUCGUUGGCUUAUAUCUCAGCGUUAAGAAAAUAGUGUUAACAAUAGAGAAACGUCUGUUUCAAGUGAUUAUACCGACGGUUACGUUCAAAAGGGUGGGCGGGGCUGACAAUGAGGACCCGCCCCGGAAACGCCUCCCCGAAGAUCAUGACUACGAAAAUAAUGACCGCCAUCACGAUUACGAGAUAAUUGACCAUGAUAAACGCGAAUCUGGAUAAUAAAUUCUGUGUUAUAUAAUAUUUUAAUUAAUUAUUAUUAUUUUUGUUUUUAGGC